AUCCUUCAGUUUUCCAAAUCUGAAGGAGUUCACACUUCGAGGUCUGGAAUGUUUGGAGGGAUGGUGGGAAUCAAGUAACAUGGAACAAGGAAAAGAGGUAGUAUUUCCUCAGCUUGAGAAGUUGCAUAUUCUUGACUGUGCAAAGCUGACAACAUUACCAGAAGCAACACUGCUUGGUGAAUCUUACGGUAGAAUGGAACGGUCAGCAUUUCCUAUGUUGAAGGUUCUCGAAUUGAGAUACUUGAGGAGCUUUGAGAGAUGGGAUGCAGUCGAAGGACCUCAAGGAGCAGAGAUAAUGUUUCCUCAGCUUGAGGAGUUGUAUGUUGCACACUGUGGAAAAAUCAAAGCAUCAUCAGGACAACAAAAGGUUUGUCCAAAGCUGACAAUAAAAGCUGAAUCACCAAAGCUACGUGUUUUAGAGAUGCAGGGCAGUGAGGAAGAGAUGUUCCUGUGGAUAGCUAGAAAUGUGACUUCACUGACCAAUCUGAAGCUGCAGAACUGUGAAGGCUCGGAAACAACCACGGCAACAGCGGCUGAUAAUAGUUUGACACAAGCGAUGAGCGCCAUCGAGAAAUGGAACCAUCACGAUUUCCCUCUGGCAGACAUGGAGUUAAUUGGCUUCAAGUCAGGCUUAAUCGAGCUAUGUGCAUGGUUUGUACAGCUCCAAUGCUUGUGCAUCAAUGAUUGUGCCGCACUUGUCCACUGGCCAGAGAAAGAGUUCCAAAGCUUGGUAUCCUUGAGGAGUCUAAACAUUAUGUCCUGCGAACAACUGGUUGGAUACGCAGCCGAGCCAUCAACAACAACAUCAGAAUCCUCGAGUCAGCUCCUGCCACGCCUGGAGUCUCUCAAGAUAUAUGGCUGUACGAGCAUGGUAGAGGUCUUCAGACUCCCCGCGUCCCUGAGGAAGAUGACGAUUCGCGAUUGCGCGAAGCUCAGGUCCAUAUUCAGCAGGAGGCUGCAGCAGCAGGGACAACCAUCAGCAUCAUCGAUCGUUCAAGGCUCACCACCUGUAUAUUCAGAGGUGCUCCCAUGCUUAGAAGAGAUAGACAUACGUGGCUGCGACGGAUUAACAGGGGCCCUUGAUCUUCCCCCAUCCCUCAAGCACAUCAGCGUUUAUCGGUGCGGUGGGUUGAGGUCAGUGGAAUCUCACUCGGGAGAGUUCCCGUCGCUGGAGGGCCUCUCCAUCGGGCUCUGCGAGACCCUGUCAUCCCUACCGGAUGGCCCGCGAGCGUACCCGUCUCUCAGAGUGCUCAAGGUCUACGACUGUCCUGGUAUGAAGAGGCUCCCUGCUUGCCUGCAGCAACACUUAGGUAGCCUUGAGGGGGUAACUCUAGAUGCCCAUCAUCAAGGACCUAUUCUGUCGAAGCCCAGAACAUGGAUAAAUGGCAUCUGUAGAGGUUAGUUGAGCUGUUGACGUGUGUGUGACACCAUCACCAUGUGAAGCUAUCAAGCAGCAGCAGGAGAUGGUGAUGCCCCAUACAUAUAUUUUGAGUUAUCUUCUAGUGUCGGUUGUGCAUGGUGGAACUGUUUCCUCACACACAACCUAGCUAGAGUAGGACUCGUGUUUGUGAUAAAGUUGGAGUAUUUUGCUCUUUCAUUUUACCUACAUCAUUAUGGCAGGAAUUCCAUGACACUUGGUUUAGGUAUGUCUCUGCAAGAAUUCCAUGACACUUGGUUUUGCCAUGACCUUUAUACGUCUCCUUCAG